ACUCUUUUUAUCGGAUCGCAUCCGAUCUGCAAGCUUUCCGAAAGUUUGAGCUUCUUUCCAAACCUUCGAUUCUUCAAGGUCUAUUCCCACGCUCUUUCUUUCAACCACCUUCCCCAGGUUCCAAUUGGAGAAGCGUGGUGGGUACGCUACUUCCUAUCGUCUCUCUUAACAGAUUCUACUCUUUCUUUUUUUCCUUUUUUCUUUUCUUUAGCUGUAGGAAAAGACCGGGAGGCCCAAUGGCGACGGCCCGCAUCCCCGCCCUGCGCAACCUGCUAGGCCGACGGCUGCCCCUCCGGCCGCCGCCGGCCCAGCAGCGCCGCUGGGCCCAAGUCCAUGACGUACGAUUCCUAGCGACGACCCAGGCGAGCCGCAGCGUGACGGAGAAGUACCGCGAGAAGCUCGACCGCAAGGCGCGCGAGGAGGGGCUCAGCGACAUCGGCGAGCUGAAGGAGGCGUACCGCGACCGCAUCCAGGAGCUCAAGAAGAAGGACAGCGUCCGCAUUCCCGGGCUCGACGCGCUGCUCGCAGAUGAACCCGCGCCGGGGACCACCACCACCGCCGCGACGAAUGCCGCGCAAGCACAGACUAAUAAUACGAGCGAAGCUUCGGACAAGCCCACUCAGACACCGCCACCCUCGCCGCACACGGGCCCCGACCAAACAACAACAACCUCGUCCAUUAAACCACUCUCCUCCAUCCUCGACCUGCAUAAAGCCCGCGCGCUGCCCGAGAAGGAGCUCUCAGCAAUAUGGCGGCUCCGCCACGCCUCCUCGCCGACCUCUCUCUGCGCCGUGAUCCCAGCUCCCACAUACGCAGCUCUCGAAGCCACCGCGCGCAGACACCCUACUUUUGUCUUACCGGUGCCGCGCGGCGCCGACGUCGGCGCCGAGAUACACUUCCUGCAGUGGGUGUUCGACGGCGGCUCGCGCACGGCGACGGUGUUGUUCACGCAGCUCGCCGAGUACAAGGCGCGCGGCGAGUGGGCGCAGCCGCACACGAGCGUCACGCACUACUUCGACGAGGGGCUCGCGGAGGCGCCGGGCGUGGUGCUCAUGGCGGGCAGUGUGGUCGAGGGCCGCGGGGCGAGUGUCGCGGACGCGAGGUGGCUUGUUAUGCUUUUGCAGCGCUUCUACGGCGGCGAGGGCAAGGGCGGGGAUCAGGGGAAGAGGAGGUUGCUGGAGCAAUUUGGUCGCGGGGACGGGGCGUUUAGCGUGGAGAGGUUGUUGGAGGAGAGCGAGAAGUUGGGUUAAGAGGAUUAAGGACUCGAAGUGAGACUAAAACUAACUGCCAACUGUCGAGUCUACUAUGCUACGCAACAGUACACUCGACGAUGGUCUGUACACCCAUGGAUGGGCAUACGAAGUAUAUACGGGCCCCCAAGGCUGGUUCCACAUCGGCUAAACGACUGACCACGCCGUUUACGAAUAGAGGAUGGAGAUACCAAUAACAAAAGGACA